UAAUAUUUUUAUCUUAAUAAAAGAAUAUUGUUACAUCUGAGGCACGACUCUCCGUACCGAGAUACAUUGGGACAUUGGGAUAUGGCUAGGCGCGAACUAACGACCUCAACCACGCUCGGAUUAGAACUCAGGCUGAGUUCGCACUGAGCGCGUCACGCGUCGCGUCACAAGUUAAACCAAUCAAAACAUUUCUUCUUUUGAUCUCAUUAGAUUGCAUCAUGUAAUGUAAUGAUUAAAAUAUAAAAUUAUCGUUUUUCUGUAAAAGCUUCAAGUUGAUUAGCUACAGUUUUCGAGAACUCGAUCGAAGUUCUAGAAUCGUGGACACAAGGCUUUAAUAUUACCAGAAAAGCAAAAUGGUGAAGUUGCCUCGUUGCUAUCACGUUAUAUCACGUAUAUCGGUUAUUUUUGCCUUUGUUACGAACAACUUUUUUUCACUUAUAGUGUGUAAUUUUAACAAUAACAAUAACGCGAUGUUUUUAAUUAAGUGUAUUGAAGAUAAAUCUUUAUGCAUCGUAGAUAAUCAAAAUGUCUUUUGUGAUUAUGACACCGUUAAAGAAGGUGAUACAGUAACUUUUAGAUUAUGAUACGAAGGUGUCAUUAUUAUGAUAUCAGACAAUGAAUCAGUAUUAAAAGAAAAGAGACAUCGUAUUCAAGAGUUAGAAAUUAAUGAGAAGAAAAGAAAGAAUGCUAACAAUAUACUUUCAAAAAAACGGUAAAUAAAAAAACCAAAAAAAUUUUCUUCUACUGAAAACAUUUCAGAAAGUAUUAACAAAAAUGUUAAUGAAAAAAGAAAGAAAAAAAUGUUACAAAAUCAGAAUCAAAAAGAAAUACUAGAUUUGAAGACCAGAUUGAUAAAUUACUCAAAGAAACUGAAAACUUUACACAACAAAAGACUCCUAAAGCUGACGAUGAGUCAACUUCUCCUGAAGAAGAAAAUAAUUUACCAUUAUAUAUUACAAAAAAGAAUGAUUUUAAACAUCGCCGUAUAUAAAGAUUUGAAUAUCUUUAAGGAUAUUCGAAAUAUAUUACGUUCUGAAGAACUACUUGCUUCAACUUCGGCUGGUUCACUACUAACGUUUGAGGCUGCUACAAAAAAUAAGUCUUGUCAAAAAGACUGCUCUUCGCAAGACGAGACUUGUACUCAGCAGAACGUUGAAUUGUCUACAAAUGAUAAUUUAAUUGAUAAAGAGGAAAGAAGUAACUCUAAUCGCAAUACACUAACUGCUCAACAAAAUGACACGUCUAGCAGUGAAGAUUUAACAGAAAAUGAGGAUGAGGAAGAAAUGUAUAGUGAGCGAUCAAAGGAUGAAUUAGAAUUUAAAAUUGACAAUUUAUAUCAACUCUAUGGAAAAGAGUGGGAUGAAAAAAUGGUACUACUUGAUAAGCGUAGUAAAAUUUAUUGCAUAAGACGAAUAUUAAUUAUGACAAUUUUUUCUGCUAGUAAAGUCACUAGUGUAGUUCGUCGUCUUAUGGACGGUGUCUUUAAUCCGGAACAAAUUACAAAUUUCACUUUUACCGGACAAGCUCCCCGGGCUCAGGGGAAGGAAAGACAGCACAAACAAUAUGAUUGUUUUGAUUCAAAAACAGUAAAAGCUAUUAUCGAUUAUGCUAAAAGUUUCGGGACAAGGCAAAAUUGGAAAAUACCAAGUAAUACAGAAAUAAAACGUGCAUUGAGUGCAAAAUUAAGAUCUACGCAAUUAAAACAAAGAGACUGA